GAGCAUGAGCUAGAGAGAGUAGUGUGUGUAGUGCGCAUACGUAUGUAUGAGUGUGUGAGUGUGUGCGUGUAUGAGUGCGAUUGAGAUCCUAUGGAGACUUUUUUUUUUAAAUUAUACACACUUCAGCUUCAUCGUCCAUCUGUCGUUUGGACAUGAUAUUGUUUGCAUGGAGCUGAACAUUUCUGAAUAGACUCAUUGACUGUUCUUAGAAAGAGCUGAUCAAUCCAGAGCUUAUGUAUCAGAUAUGAAUCUGUAAUUUGAAGAAGUGAUCUCUUAGAAAGCUGAGAACGAUCAAGGAAAGACAGAAUGCUGAAGACCCUUACUAAAAAACUCAGAAGACACUCUCUAAAUGAGAUCCAUCCUUUUCAACUAAAGAUUUCCUACCAUGGCAGUGAGGAAGGCGGGGAGAGUGAAGAUUCAGAAGGCGAAAACCAAGAGCUGGCACAGAUUGACAGAGAGCGUCGACGAAACUGCGCCUUGACCCCUCUAGCUACUAGCCAGCAGCACAAUCAGGGCAUUCUUUCUCCCGCCCACUUACGCCGUCUGCGUUUACUCCUGGACCCAAUCUUGGACCAUCACAGUUCUGAAGAGGAGCUGGAGCGCAUCGCAGGAGCCACGGGGGCCGAGGGAGGUCGAAAGUGGCACAGACAUGGAGACAUGAGCAGCGCCUCUAGUGACGAGGAGGUGAAGGACCUGUGUGGGCCAAAUGAAUCGUCGGCUGGACCUCGCUUAAGUGCCACUUCUCCCAGCCCUGUUCUCUUCAGCUCCUCUCCUCCUCGAGCUCUCAAGCCUUCCCACACCCCAGCCCGCCUUCCUGUCCGACCUAUUAUUCUCAGCCACUUCGAACAACCUUCCAUGCCUUACUGGCGGCACCGGCCCGCUUACACAGGGGAACCAGGUCGCCCCAGCUUGGACCUGGAGAAAAUGCAGCAGAAAAUGCUUCUAAAAAAGAACUGUGGAGGGAAAACAAGGACUAUCAAGAUUCGGAACCUAUGUGGUGGUCGUCACGCACCCCGAAACUCCUACGAUCCAUCCAUCUUUGCUUUCCGCUCCCUGAGCAAUGCUCCUCCCUGCAGCCCCCUGCUCACUGCCGAGGAACCUCCAUGUGCUUGAGGGAAAGGACUGGAAACUUGCAGACAAAACAUCACACGUUUGUGGACCAAAAAUUUCCAACAUAAAGACAAUGUAUGUUUGCAUUGCUUUUAUUUUGCAGGAUAUUAGUGUGAACAAAGGCCCUGUGAAAAGGCCUGUUGACAAAACAGGAAGUGUGAUCAGGGCCAGAAUGUAGGAGAGGAAUGAGGAGACGGCAACCUUUUGCCUUUAGCCGUCUCAUCCUCUCUUUCUCUCAGGAAACCCACUUAGAACUUAUUAUAAUGACAAGGCCAUGACCACUGCGCUAUCUAUAAAACCACAACCAAAUGGUUUGGUCUCACUGAUGUGUUUAACAGGAAUGAGGAGAGAUUGGUCAGUGGUUCGUAGAUAACGUCUCAUGAUUGGGCCACAUGGUUAUGUCGAGAUCGUCAGGUUGAGAGUAAAAUAUAAGACCACAUUUAGGUUGCAUUUGAUUUAGACAGCAAAAUGUGAUGAGAGACAAUCAGUUUGAUGCCAGAAUGGGCCUUAAUUCAUUUUUGAUAAAAGAGUUUUUCGAUCUAUAAACAGGAAAACUGGAAAGCUAACAAUCAGAUAUAAUGACAACGCAGGCCAGAUAUCCCAUGUCAUUGUUCAAAUUCAGAUGUUAUGCAAGUGUGACCAUAACAAUGUAUCAGUAAUCAGAGCUGAUUACCUGAUCUGUAUUCCAAAGUAAUUAAAUCUUAAGUGAAGAACGAGAAACAAACAAACAAACAAACAAAAAACA